AUGCUGAGUUUCUGGUUAAACAGAAUAAGGCCACUUGCUCGGGAUCGUUCAGAGUCACCUCCUAUACACUCCAAAAGACAUGCAAAUUUUACCAGUGCCAAUACUGAUCAUGAGAAAAAGAAAGAAAAUCCAGGUGAUGUUAUGAAGGCUGGUGUAAUGAUUGGCCGGAAAAUCAUGAUCGUGGUGGAUUCAAGCCUUGAAUCCAAGAAUGCACUGCAAUGGGCACUUACUCAUACAGUUCAGACUCAAGAUAUGGUGAUUCUUCUCCAUGUAACAAAGCCUUCAAAACGAGGUAGGGAGUGCAAUAAAGGAAUCAAUUCAAGAGUUUUCGAGUUUCUUUCAUCUAUGAAAAAUGUGUGCCAGCUGAAACGACCUGAGGUGCACAUUGAGGUUGCUGUGGCAGAAGACAGAAAGAAGGGUCCUGCCAUUGUAGAAGAGGCUAAAAAGCGAGGGGUGGCAUUGCUAGUUCUUGGGCAAAAGAGAAGGUCCCUUACAUGGAGACUUAUGAUGGUGUGGGCAGGGAAUAGGACUGCAGCUGCAGGUGCUGGGGUGGUGGAUUAUUGUAUACAAAAUGCUGGUUGCAGGGCCAUUGCUGUGAGGAGGAAGAGCAAGAAAGUUGGUGGAUAUCUGAUUACAACUAAACGUCAGAAAGAUUUUUGGCUUUUGGCUUAA